AUGGUCAAGCUCACGGAUGUCGUUAGGAACUCGGUGGACUGGUACACCAAGCCCUUCCACUACCACCCACCCCCCGCACCGGUCUCCCCGCUCGACAAGAUCCACCCAGCGGGCGUGAAGAUCCCCACGGCGUCGGGCAAGAUGCUCACGCCCGCCCAGAUCGCCGCCAUGGAGGUCGUCGACGUCUUCCCGCGGUUCUACAAGGGCCCGUACACCGGCCCCUCCGUCGUGGGCACCAUUGGAAUGGCCCUGGGCGCCGGCGCCGCCGCCGCCCUCGCCUUCAAGAUGUGGGCGUGGGGCGAGCAGCGGAUCAUCGCGCAGUGGUACCAGGACUACGAGAAGCUCUGGAAGUCGGGGCACUUCGACAUCGUGCCGAACAAGGACGGGUACACGUACAAGCGGGAGUAG